AUGCGCAAGGUGUGGAUGGGGCGGCCGCCGGUCGGUUGGCAGUGGCACGCACUCGCCCGUCAGCUCACCGACCCUGCCGCCAUCCCGCACAUACGCACACAGCAGCUGAUGCGGGCAGACUCAGACGUCACAGACGAUAUACAAGGGAAAGUAAACACAUCCGCGUACCUCUUCCGCAACGCAGACACCCGCAAGUCCGACUCAUCGCUCAACGUCAGUGCCAACCUGCCGUUCAGCAAGAGCACGCACGCUUGCACCUUUAUAGAGUAUUCUCAACUCCCGGCUCAGCCUUCCCUUCCCUUCCCUCUCCUGCCUCCGCCCACUCCACUCAGUGCUCCAGAAGCUCGGAUGGCGGCCCAGAAGGUGGUGCUCAGGGUCCCGACCAUGACCGACGACAAGGCCAAGCAGAAGGCCAUCGAAGCGGUCGCGGAUAUCUACGGCAUUGAUUCCAUAGUUGCGGAUCUGAAGGACAAUAAGAUGAUCAUCAUAGGCGAGAUGGACACUGUGGCAAUCGCAAAGAAAUUAAAGAAGGUUGGGAAGAUUGACAUUGUGUCCGUUGGACCUGCAAAGGAAGAAAAGAAAGAAGAGAAGAAAGAAGAAAAGAAAGAGGAGAAAAAAGAGGAAAAGAAAGAAGAGAAGAAAGAGGAGAAGAAAGAGGAGAAAAAAUGA